GCUACUGUAUACUGUGCCAUUGCUUACUUCAAUCUAAUGACUUUACAUCUACUAUUGGAUAUAUGCGCAUUGAUAUAAAUAUCACUCACUGAAGUAGUGAACCAUGUUCCCUUGAAUGAUAAUGUAUGUAUAGUAGUAUUUAAAACAUUUUCUGGGAAGAUGACAUCAAUAUUGAGAAACUGUUGGAGACUAUCGCGUUUACCAGUGGCUACACCGAAAUGUUAUGCUGUCGCAUCUCUAUCAUCUGUAAGGUAUAAUACCACAACUACUAGUGACAAAAGCGAAAAAAUCGAAACUCGUCCCACAAUACGGAAACCCAGUCAUGUUGACAUCGAUCAUUUGAUACAGUUCGGUCGUUACAUUAAUGAGUGUCUACCCAAAUAUAUACAACAAGUGCAGCUGGCUGCUUGCGAUGAGUUGGAAUUACUAAUCGCUCCUGAUGGCCUUAUUCCUACGUUUACAUUUUUAAAAGAUCACCAUAAUACGCAAUUUGUUAAUCUGUCGGAUAUUACCGCUCUUGAUGUACCUAGUAGACAGUUCAGAUUUGAGCUAGUCUACAAUCUGCUGUCGUUGCGAUACAAUUCGCGCAUCAGAGUUAAAACUUAUACCGAUGAAUUGACGCCAGUCGACUCCAUUUAUAGCAUAUUCAAAGCUGCUGAUUGGUAUGAGCGAGAGAUAUGGGAUAUGUUCGGUGUGUUCUUCUCGAAUCAUCCCGAUCUCCGUAGGAUUCUUACAGACUACGGUUUUGAAGGGCAUCCAUUGAGGAAAGAUUUUCCACUCAGCGGAUAUGUUGAGGUGCGCUAUGACGACGAAUAUAAAAGAAUAGUAAUUGAACCAUUAGAAUUAACUCAAGAAUUCCGUAAAUUUGAAUUGGCUGCCCCAUGGGAACAGUUUCCUAACUUUCGGGAUGCUCCAUCAACUUCUAAACCUACUUCAAAGGAAAAAUAGCUGUUUUCGCUUAGAUUAUAGUCUUGGAAAACAAAUAUAAAUACACCGAUAAAGUGUAAAGUAUAUUGACAAAUAUUCUUUUCUUUUGUUAACCAUCUCCAAAUGUCCAAUCUUGACAUUUUGUUUUGGAAAUACAAAGGAUAAUAUUAU